AUGGAUCAUUCAGAGAGAAUUGACAAUGACAAGGAAACUAUUCAGACUGUGGAGCAAAUAAAUGCAGCAACUGAAAAGGUGCCUGUCAAAAAGACAUUAAAAGAUCGCACUGCAUUCUUGAAGGAUCCAAGAUUCUACAAGGUCUUGGUUUUGGGUCAAUUGCUUUCAUUGUGUAUCACAGGAACAAAUGUUACAACUACAAAGCUUGGUGUGUCUUAUAACUUUGCAGCUCCCACUACACAAACCUUUCUUGUCUAUGCAACAUUAGCCAUCGUAUACAACAGCUAUGCUAUCUACAAGCGCGGUAUUCGUGGCUGGUUGCUUCAGUUUAGACGUAGAGGCAUUUACUACUUUAUUCUCGGUGCUAUCGAUGUGGAAGGCAACUAUUUUGUUGUGAAAGCAUAUCAGUACACAUCUCUGCUAUCUGCCAUGUUGUUGAAUUGCUGGAGCACGCCUGUGUGCAUGAUUCUGUCAUUCGUCAUUAUGAAAGUUCGCUAUCGCUGGUUGCAAUAUGUGGGUGUACUCAUUGCUCUUGGUGGUAUGGGCAUGCUCAUUGUCAGUGACAUGAUGGAGGGUAAAGAUUAUGCUGCUAGUGAUGCUGUCAAGGGAGAUUUGUUCUGUCUUUUGGGUGCUACACUGUAUGGCUUUUCUAAUGUUGGAGAAGAACUCAUGGCUCGCAAACAUCCAUUGUAUGAAGUUAUUGGCAUGUUUACAUUCUUUGCUACGUUUAUCAAUUUUGUUCAGUUGAUGAUUUUGGAGAGAAACGAGUUUAGUACCUUUGCUAGCAAUCCUGAGGCUGUCGGCAUGGUGAUUGUGUACACUGUGUGUAUGUUUAUCUUGUACUCUCUGGCUCCAGUCAUGUUCCGUUUGGGUAGUGCCGUCUUGUACAACUUGUCUUUAUUGACAGCCAACUUCUACGGCUUAAUCUUUGGCAUUGGCUUGUUUGGCUAUCACAUCACAAUCAUGUAUCCAUUCGCAUACGUUGUCAUCAUCUUGGGUAUCGCUAUUUACCACAUCUUCCCUACUCCGGAACCAGCUAUUGGAUCAUUUGACAAGGAAACUGCCAAGAAAGAACAUAUCGAGCUGAUGCAAGGGCGACAAAAGAACAACAGUGACGAUUUGGAACAGCAACAACAACAACAACAUCAACAAGACGUAUCAGAGGUAGUUGCCGUUCACAAUGAGUCACCCACAGAGGAAGCAACGCCUGUUGUUAUUGCAAAAUAG